AUGGGAAAGAUCAUUUUUUACGAAGACAGAAACUUCCAAGGGCGCUCUCAUGAGUGCAGCAGCGACUGUGCCGAUCUUCACACCUACUUCAACAGAUGCAACUCCAUCAGGGUGGAGAGUGGCUGCUUCAUGGUGUAUGAGAGGCCCAACUACAUGGGCAAUCAGUACUAUCUGAGGAGAGGAGAGUACUCUGAUAACCAGCGUAUGAUUGGCAUUAAUGACUGUGUCAGAUCUUGCCGUAUGAUCCCCCAGGUAGGUUCCUACAGGAUGAGGCUUUACGAGCGUGCUGACAUGACCGGGCAGAUGCAUGAGCUGGUUGAUGACUGUCCAAAUGUCCAAGACCAACUCAGCAUGUCGGAUUUCAACUCCUGCAAUGUGAUGGACGGCCACUGGCUACUGUACGACCAACCUAACUACAAGGGCAGAGUGUACUACCUGAGGCCUGGAGAGUAUCGGAGGUACAGUGACUGGGGAGGCAUCAGCCCAAGGAUCGGCUCCAUCAGAAGAAUCACUGACUUCAACUGA